AAAACCAGGGCCUUAGCGCGCCCGGUGCGGGGCCAAGCACGCCUAAAGGCCGGCCAGGACCAUGCUAACAAUACUACGGUAGCCUCCGUCCGGCCUCGACGCUCAUACAAGCCGCGGGCAGCCCCUACACCCAUGGGUAAGGGUAUGGUGGCCCUGCCGCAGCUCAGCGGCCGCGGGUCGUGCGGCGCCACGCAGCCCUCGAAGUCCCCGGUCAAGUCCCUCGCGCGCGACACGAAGUACGAGCUGCAGUUCGGCCCGAAGGACCAAAGGGCAUUGGAGACCGCCUUCGACAGCUAUCUCGAGUAUAGAAGAAAAAGGGAACCGCUGCUCGAAGACGAGCGGUGGCGGUGCGUCCUCAAGCUCCAGCAGCUCGUGACGAGCAGGAACAUCUCCUUGGCGGGUCGGGAGGGCGCUCUCUAUGAGGAAUUGCAUCGAUCCUGCCCAAAAAGAUUAUGCGAGCGCGCCCGCUUCUUAGUAGUGAUGAGGAGAGUUUUUGGGUUUGAACUAGCUCCCGUAAGGGGUGCCGUGGACCAAGGUACCAAAAAACUGAUGGAUAACUUGUUCGACGCGUUCGACGAGGAUGGUUCGGAUAAGAUGCCCUGGCGUAACAUCCUCAUAAUGUUGCACGUCGUCUGCUUCCCGACGCGAGAACCGGCGGACCACCUGCGGUGGGGCUUCGCAUUAGUCGGGAGUGAAGGGUCCUUCGACAUGAAAUGUAAACCGCCCUUCGACGCUAGAAUUGCGGAUGCCAAGUAUCUACUACACGCCGUGGGCCACGCCGAGAUGCGGCCCAUGCUCUCCAAAUUAGUGGAUGACGCCUGGACCGGUUUAGUUAGAAGAGGAGACGUCGAGGCUAGUACGUUGACGAGAGACGCGGAAACGCAGGCGCUGAUGUUGCAAGCGUCCGGCAAGAAGGCGUUAGAUAGGGAAGGGUGCGAAGCAGCAUCGCCGAUGGACGCCAUCAAGCUUACCAGGCCGUUGUUCGAGCGCCUCAUAAGCGCCCCACCCCUGAAACGUCUGAUGGAAGGUUCGACACCGUUUGGUCUGAAAGACGUGCGGACGUGGACCUACGCGAUCGAAGAUGAGCAGUACCACCCGAUGAUCGCCACGGAGAUCAAGCGAGCGCGACUGGUCCAGAGGCACGACUUCGAGGCGACGCAGUUCGCCAUCACGCACCCGUUUCGACAGCGGCGACGUUUUCUCAAGUGGCGGGAGGUGGCGCAACGCAUCAGAAGGAUCAAAUUGUUUACGCUACGCGGCAUCAAGCGCUGUAUUUGCAUCAGGUGCUCCUAUUCUUUUGUGAAGUGGCGGCGGGAAGCGCUGAUCGAGGUGCGGGCGCAUGAGUUACAAAGGGUGGGAAGAGGUUUCUUGGGCAGGUUGGAAGCUAGAUGGGUGCUGCGGAUCCAUUUACUUGUGACGGGCAUCCAGUGCCGAGCGAGACGGUGGCUGCUGCAGAACGAGUACCUUAGGGAGAAAAGACGAAGGCACUGGGCGGCGACGGAAAUAGCGAGGCAUACGCGCGGUCUUCGGGCUCGGAGAAUCACGCUCUGGAGGUUGGAAGAGAAGCUCGAUAAGGAAGUGAGAAAGUUGAAAGAACGGCGCGCCUUGUGGGCGAAGCGCCAAGAAAUCGCCGUCGCGCGAUUUCUUCAAGGAGCGUUCCGAGCGAGAAAGGCUAGAAGAGAAGUACAACAAGCGCGAGACGACACCGCAGCAAAAGCGGCCGCCGCGAGGGACAUGGACCGCCUCUACGAAGAGAACCUGCGGAAGAAACGCGUCUACCAGAACGCCAUCAGCGAGUACUACCGGCAACGCAAGGAGGAGUACCUCCAAAGUACGCUGAUGGAAGGAUUUGAUGCCGCGCAACAGGCCAAGAUCUUGAGGUUUAGGAGAAGGAAAGAACACGAGGCGGAGCUCGAGAAGGAGGAACGGGCCAAGAAGCUCCAGGAAAUGCUCGAUGAUGAAAGGAUCGCGGGCUGGAUCCAGAAGUGGGAACGCGUGAAAAUUGAGCGAGUCGCGGCAUUGCGAAAGCACUUGGAGUGGUGUCGCCUGUCUCCGGAGACCACUGAGGAAAGACGUACAGCCAAAAAACUAAAUAAGGAGGUGCGGAUUCGGACGCAGAUCGUGUUCAAACGAGCAGGGAAGCAGGGGCAUGAUCUCGAGAUUCCCGAGUGUGAAGCGAUGGCUCUGGAAGAGAUUCUACUGAAGCGAUGUCAAGAUGAAGAGCUUGUGGUCGACGCGGAGCGCCGAGCGGCGGCCGACGCGCACUACGCGGCCAUUGAAAAAGCGGAAGCCGAGGCGCGCGCCGAAAAGGAGAAAGAUAGGGUCCGGAUGCAGAACAUUUCGGCGCUGAAGAUUCAAAGGAUUCGAGCUCUGCAUGAAUCUCGCGUGGAGCUGCGACGACGAGCUUAUGCGCGGUUUGAAAAGCGAUACGACGCCGAGCACACAUGCUACUUCUACCGAGAUAAGUUGACGAGGGAAAUCACGUGGCGCAAGCCCUACGCGCUCGGCGCCUACGAUCUGAAGGUCGACGAUGAAUGGGUGCGGCUCGAGGACGAAACGCAAACUCCCUACUACUACAACCCGUGCUCGCAGGACAUGAUGUGGACGAGGCCUCGGGGUACCGUGUUUUGUGAGGUUUGUGACGACGCCUUUUGCGAAUUGCACUGCAAUGAUACCAAACGAAAGCUAUGUCGGAAGUGUUAUGAUGGGGAGCUAGCCAAGGUCCUGGAGAAGGAGGGGAAACGAGCUGUUGAUGAUAUGUCCUUUAAGGUCCUUCGAGGCGGCGAUCCUAAGUCUGGUGAGGCUGAUUUGAAGAAGCUGGAGGAUACGGGAUUGGCCCUCGAGGCGGAGCGGCGCAGGCAGGAGGAGGAGGAUCGAGUUUUACGAAGGGCGUCGGUCAGAAGGUCCUCAAUUACGACAAAGCCCUCUUAUGUAGCGAAGGAACUGCAGCGGCUCGCUCGUGGUCGGGCCCUGAAGGGCCCUGACGAAGAUCAAGUUGUCGCACUGAAGCAGUUGGUGACGUCCCAGGAGCUGACGACGUCCGAGACCUUUUCUUCUACGGAGUUAGUCGACAAGACGCAACGGGAGACGCAGGUCCUCAUGACCGUCAUCGAGGAAAGGAGGCAGCGGCGACGACAGCGCGACGUCCUCGAGGCCAUGGAGCGGAAAGACGGCAAACAGCCCAUCUCGGAAUACCGCCACUUAACCACGCAACACUACCGCAUCAAAGCCGAGGAGGAAGAACAAAGGUUGUUGGAAAUGGACUCGGCGACGUACAUGUCGCACACGUCCGGCGGGUCGGACACGUACUCGUGGUCGAAGUCGUCGAAGGGGAACUCGUACCAUUUGGGUAAUUGA